AUGACUGAGCCCACCAAGAUCAGCAUCUUGGGUCGGGAGAGCAUCGUCGCUGAUUUCGGGCUGUGGCGCAAUUAUGUUGCGAAGGACCUGAUCAGCGGCUUGCCCUCGACCACCUAUGUCCUGAUCACCGACACAAACCUCGGAUCCAUCUAUACGCCGUGUUUUCAAAAGACCUUCGAAGCGGCUGCUGCCUCCAUCACACCGGCCCCGCGCCUGCUCGUCUACAAUGCCCCCCCGGAGAGAACAAAGGCCGACAUUGAAGAUUGGAUGUUGAGCCAGAAUCCGCCAUGUGGCAGAGAUACUGUGGUCAUUGCAUUGGGCGGUGGUGUGAUUGGCGACCUGACUGGAUUCAUUGCGGCGACCUACAUGCGCGGUGUCCGCUAUGUGCAGGUCCCCACUACUCUUCUCGCCAUGGUCGAUUCCUCCAUUGGAGGCAAGACCGCGAUCGAUACCCCGCUAGGCAAGAAUUUGAUCGGAGCCAUCUGGCAGCCGUCAAGGAUCUACAUUGAUCUCGAGUUUCUGGAGACACUCCCGGUGCGAGAGUUCAUUAAUGGUAUGGCCGAGGUUAUCAAGACUGCCGCCAUAUCAAGUGAAGAGGAAUUCACUGCACUUGAAGAUAAUGCCGAUGCGAUCCUCGGCGCCGCACGCAGCGAUGCUAAGCCUGGUCAGGGCCGUUUCGAUGGCAUCCGUGAUAUCUUGAAGGCCCGAAUCUUGGCCUCUGCACGUCACAAGGCCUACGUUGUCUCCGCCGACGAGCGUGAGGGUGGUCUCCGCAACCUUCUGAACUGGGGACAUUCCAUUGGCCAUGCCAUCGAGGCAAUUCUAACCCCCCAAAUUCUCCACGGAGAGUGUGUUGCCAUUGGUAUGGUGAAGGAAGCUGAGCUCGCACGCCACCUCGGCAUCUUGAAGGGUGUUGCAGUUGCUCGCAUUGUCAAGUGCAUUUCUGCCUAUGGCUUGCCCACGUCGAUGAAGGAUUCACGGGUCCGAAAGCUGACUGCCGACAAGCAUUGUUCCGUCGAUCAGCUUCUGUUCAACAUGGCUCUGGACAAGAAGAACGAUGGCCCGAAGAAGAAGGUUGUCCUCUUGUCCGCCAUUGGACGCACCCACGAGCCUAAGGCCAGUGUUGUCUCGAAUGAGGAUAUCUGCGUCGUUCUGGCUCCCAGCAUUGAGGUGCAUCCUGGUGUGCCCAAGACUCUCAAUGUGACCUGCACACCUCCCGGGUCCAAGAGUAUCUCGAAUCGCGCUCUUGUCCUUGCUGCGCUUGGUUCGGGUACCUGCCGGAUCAAGAACCUCCUCCACUCCGACGAUACCGAGGUUAUGCUGAAUGCUUUGGAGAAGCUGGGAGCCGCCACUUUCUCUUGGGAGGAAGAGGGUGAGGUCCUCGUCGUGAAUGGACAGGGUGGAGAUAUCACCGCCAGCCCCUCGUCCCUCUACUUGGGCAAUGCUGGAACUGCGUCCAGAUUCCUGACUACUGUGGCUACCCUCGCCAAUCCGAGUACUGUGAAUGAGAGCAUUCUGACCGGUAACAACCGCAUGAAGCAAAGACCCAUUGGUGACCUUGUCGACGCUCUGACCGUGAAUGGCGCCGGCAUUGAGUACAUGGAACGCAAGGGCAGUCUUCCCCUCAAGAUUGCGGCAUCUGGUGGUUUUGCCGGUGGCAAUAUCAACCUGGCUGCUAAGGUUUCUUCCCAGUAUGUCUCCUCGCUGCUGAUGUGCGCUCCGUAUGCCAAAGAGCCCGUGACUCUGAAGCUAGUUGGUGGCAAGCCCAUCUCCCAGCCUUACAUCGACAUGACCACUGCCAUGAUGAGAUCUUUCGGCAUCGAUGUGAAGAAGUCCACCUCUGAAGAGCACACCUACCACAUUCCCCAGGGCCACUACGUCAACCCCGCCGAGUAUGUUGUUGAAAGCGACGCGUCCUCCGCUACUUACCCCUUGGCCAUUGCUGCCAUCACUGGUACCACCUGCACAGUUCCCAAUAUUGGCUCCAAGUCUCUGCAAGGUGAUGCUCAGUUCGCUGUUGAUGUGCUGAGGCCCAUGGGCUGCUCCGUUGAGCAAUCGGAUUACUCCACUACUGUCACUGGGCCUGCUAGCGGCAUUCUCCGGCCACUUCCGAACGUGGACAUGGAGCCAAUGACUGAUGCUUUCCUCACUGCCUCCGUCCUUGCUGCUGUUGCUCGGGGUGAGGGCUCAAACCACACUACCCGCAUUUACGGCAUUGCCAACCAGCGUGUCAAGGAGUGCAACCGUAUCAAGGCCAUGAAGGACGAGCUUGCUAAGUUCGGCGUUGUCUGCCGUGAGCAUGAUGACGGCCUUGAGAUCGACGGUAUUGAGCGGUCUACUCUUCGCCAGCCUGCAGGUGGUGUUUACUGCUACGAUGAUCACCGUGUUGCUUUCAGUUUCAGUGUCCUGUCACUCGUGGCUCCGAAGCCUACUCUCAUUCUGGAGAAAGAGUGUGUUGGCAAAACUUGGCCAGGCUGGUGGGACACCAAGAAGCAACUCUUUGGUGUCAAGCUUGAGGGUAAGGAGCUGAAGGAGGAUAAGCUGGUUAUCUCUAGUCGUGAGGAGCGGACCAGUGCUUCCGUCUACAUUAUCGGCAUGCGCGGUGCUGGCAAGACCACUGCCGGCAACUGGGUUGCGAAGAGCCUCGACCGUCCCUUCAUCGAUCUUGACACUGAGUUGGAGCAGACUGAAGGUCUCACCAUCUCCGAUAUGAUCAAGCAGCGUGGCUGGCAGGGAUUCCGUGAUGCAGAGUUGGCUCUGCUUCAGCGAAUGAUGCAAGAUCGGCCCAACGGCUACGUCUUUGCCUGCGGUGGCGGUAUUGUCGAAAUACCCGAGGCGCGCAAGCUCCUUGCCGACUAUCACAAGAACAAGGGCAACGUGCUUCUCAUUAAUCGCGAUAUCAAGCAGGUUAUGGACUUCUUGCAGAUUGACAAGACUCGUCCGGCCUACGUAGAAGACAUGAUGGGCGUGUGGCUGCGCCGCAAGCCUUGGUUCCAGGAGUGCAGCAACAUCCAGUACUACAGCCAGCACUCGAACACGACGGAGCUUGCUCUCGCCUCAGAGGACUUUGAGCGCUUCAUGCAGGUUGUGACCGGUCGGAAAGACAACCUCAGUGCCAUCAAGAAGAAGAAGCACUCCUUCUUCGUCUCGCUGACUUUGCCCAAUCUGUGUGAGUGUGGUGAGAUCUUGCGCGAAGUCUGCGUUGGAUCUGACGCCGUGGAACUGCGGGUUGAUCUGCUGAAGGAUCCGGCCUCGGAUAGUGAGAUUCCUACGGUGGAUUUUGUCGCCGAACAGAUGUCUUUCCUCCGCCGUCUUGUUUCGCUUCCCAUUAUCUUCACCAUUCGUACGAAGAGCCAAGGGGGUCGCUUCCCUGACGAUGCCCACGAGGCUGCCAUGCUGCUGUACCGAUUGGCAUUCCGCUCGGGCUGCGAGUUUGUGGAUCUCGAGAUCGCUUUCCCGGAUGAGAUGCUCCGUGCUAUCGUCGAGAUGAAAGGUCACUCCAAGGUCAUCGCGUCGCACCACGACCCUCAAGGCAAGCUGUCCUGGGCUAACAUGUCCUGGAUCCCGUCCUACAACCGUGCUCUGGAGUACGGUGACAUCAUCAAGCUUGUCGGCGUUGCCAGCAGCCUCGAUGAUAACACUGCUCUUAGAAAAUUCAAGAAUUGGGCUGAGCAGGCGCACGAUGUGCCGCUGAUUGCUAUCAACAUGGGUGACCAGGGCCAGCUUAGCCGCAUCCUGAACGCCUUCAUGACCCCCGUUUCCCACCCUAGUCUCCCCUUCAAGGCUGCUCCUGGCCAGCUGUCUGCGACGGAAAUUCGCCGCGGUCUUGCGCUGAUGGGUGAGAUCAAGGCCAAGAAGUUUGCCAUCUUCGGCUCGCCUGUCUCUGGUUCUCGGUCUCCGCCUCUCCACAAUACCCUCUUCGCGGAGAUGGGUCUUCCCCACGAGUAUACUCGUCUGGAGACCACCAACGUUGAGGAUGUUAAGGACUUCAUCCACUCGCCCGACUUCGGCGGUGCCUCUGUCACUAUCCCCCUGAAGCUGGACAUCAUGCCCCUUCUGGAUGAAGUUGCCCAGGAGGCUGAGAUUAUCGGCGCCGUCAACACCAUCGUCCCCUUCGCCAACGGUGACAAGCCUCAGCGUCUUGUCGGCUACAACACCGACUGGCAGGGCAUGGUUCGGGUCCUCCGCAAUGAGGGAGUCUACGGCUCCAAUGGCACCGAAAGUGCCGUGGUCAUCGGCGGCGGCGGUACCGCCCGCGCUGCCAUUUACGCCCUCCACCAGAUGGGCUUCUCUCCCAUAUACGUGGUUGGCCGCACGGCCAGCAAGCUCGAGGGCAUGGUCUCAACCUUCCCUACCAGCUACAACAUUCGUGUCGUCGACAACUACGAGCAGUUGGAGACUAUGCCCCAAGUCGCCAUCGGCACUAUUCCCGGUGACCGGCCCAUCGACCCUGCCAUGCGUGAGACCCUCUGCCACAUGUUUGAACAAGCCCAAAAGGCGGAUGGUACUCUGAUCGGCAAGUCUGUUGAUGAGAAGGCCCCUCGCAUUCUUCUGGAGAUGGCAUACAAACCUGCUGUAACUGCGCUGAUGCAGCUGGCUUCCGAUGCGGGCUGGAAGACUAUUCCCGGUCUCGAGGUUCUUGUUGGUCAAGGUGUAAACCAGUUCAUCCACUGGACUGGCAUCACUCCUCUGUACCACGUUGCCAGAGAUGCUGUUAUGGGCACGGAGUCUGCAUAA